AUGGCUCGUACCAAGCAGACAGCUCGUAAGUCUACUGGCGGCAAGGCCCCGCGCAAGCAGCUGGCUACUAAGGCUGCCCGCAAGAGCGCCCCCGCCACCGGUGGCGUGAAGAAACCUCAUCGCUACCGGCCGGGCACUGUGGCGCUGCGCGAAAUCCGUCGGUACCAAAAGUCUACUGAGCUGCUGAUUCGCAAGCUGCCGUUCCAGCGGCUGGUGCGUGAGAUCGCUCAGGAUUUCAAGACUGACCUACGCUUCCAGAGCUCCGCCGUGAUGGCGCUGCAAGAGGCGUGCGAGGCCUACCUGGUGGGGCUCUUUGAGGACACCAACCUGUGCGCGAUCCACGCCAAGCGCGUGACCAUCAUGCCUAAAGACAUCCAGCUGGCCCGCCGCAUCCGAAAUCAGGCAGUAGCUUAUCAGGUCGUAGUCAUGUCUGGUCGUGGCAAAGGCGGGAAGGGUCUGGGCAAAGGGGGCGCAAAGCGCCACCGCAAGGUCCUUCGGGACAAUAUCCAGGGUAUCACUAAACCUGCUAUCCGGCGUUUGGCACGUCGUGGCGGUGUUAAACGCAUCUCUGGCCUCAUCUACGAGGAGACUCGCGGGGUGCUUAAAGUCUUCCUGGAGAAUGUAAUCCGAGACGCUGUCACCUACACCGAGCACGCAAAACGUAAGACGGUCACCGCCAUGGACGUGGUCUACGCGCUCAAGCGCCAGGGUCGCACCCUCUACGGCUUUGGCGGCUAA